AACAUGCUGGGUAAAGCAUUGCUUCUUUUGGUGUGCUGCGCCGCACUCUCAUACGGAGUUCCCCAGCUGACCAAUAAUAGGAUUUCUGGAGGAAUACCGGCCUUUAAAGGCGAAUUUCCCUGGCAUGUCUCCAUCCAGCGUGCAAUUCCUGGCUAUAACUGGACGCAUUUGUGUGACGGCGCCAUCGUUUCGACCGAAUUCGUCAUUACAAACGGCUGGUGUUCAUCGUUCGACAUUGACACGUACCAAGUAGCAGCUGGCUCCGUGGAUUGGGUAAACCCUGGUUCGACUCACAAAGUUGUCGAAUUCAUCGACGACCCACUCCACUACGGCUCCCUCACCCUCUGGAAGGUGGAUCCUCCGUUCGAGUUCACCGUUUUCCUUUCACCCGUUCGCCUACCCGACGCGUUCGUGGAAUCGUGUCCAGGAACAGAAAUGACAGUCUCAGGCUGGGGCGAAUCCGAACCAUAUCAGCCAUCCAACCAGCUGGUCAAGUUGAACUCGUUGAUCGUGUCCAAGGCGCUGUGCUACCCGCUGGCUCCGGGAAUCAGAAGUUUGGUCUACCACAUUUGCGCCAAAAGCUCCAGCGACGAAUCCGGAUUCUGCAACCAUGCAGGCGGUUUUGGCUCACCUCUCGUUUACAAUGGUGAACUUCGUGGCCUCUUCCACUAUCAGACUGGUUGCGAGUUUCCUGUCGUCUACACCGAGGUCUCCCUCUUCCGCGAAUGGAUCUCCGAUGUCACCGGUGUCUGAACCUGUUUAGUUUAAAUUUGAAACCUUAACUUUUAAAUAAAGGUAACAAAUUGUAAAAUGAAAUUGUAUGCU